AUGUCACGCUGGCUUAUCGUUGGAAUCUCAGGUGCUACAAAUAGUGGAAAAUCAACUUUAGCCAAGAAGUUAUUGGAGAUUCUUCCUGAAACAACAAGACUUAUCUGCCAGGAUGACUAUUUCUACCCUGUAGACUCGGCUCAUCAUAUUCCCUCUCCAGGAGGCUUGAAUAAUCACAACUGGGAAGUCCUUUCAAGCUUGGAUAUGAACAAGAUGAUUAAGGAUAUCACAGAGACAAUAAAUUCCAUACCAGAAUUACCUGUCAAAGACCCAGUUUCUACAAGUGUUACAGUCUCUCUCUCUUCAUGCUUAAAUGGCUCUGUUGGAAGUCUACCAAUUUUGCUUUUAGAAGGAUUUCUACUUUUUGGUCAUAGCAAACUGGCAGAAAUGUGUGACCUUCGUUACUUCCUCAAACUGAGCCGUGAGCAGUGUUGGCAAAGGAGAAGUUGUCGUAUUUAUGAUCCUCCAGAUCCCCUGGGUUACUUUGAACAGUGUGUUUGGCCUAUGCAUGAAUUGCACUUAAAGUAUGUGAAAGAACAUGUCCCAGAUUUAAUAUUUUUGAAUGGCAAGGAAGAUCAUUCCUCAGUCGUAUACAAAGAAAUUUUGGAAGCUUCAAGAACUCUAUCAUGCAAGCCAAAUGGUCAUUUGUUACAUUAGUAUUGUUACUGGACUAAAGUAAUACAGUUCCAGCAAAGUUUAAUCAUUUAUAAAUUUCAUUAUUUACCAGUAGGGUGAUAUAUGGUCACAUCAACCACCCUGUAACAUUAUUAUUAUUGAUACCUUUUUUUUUUUUUUUGGCCUGAUUUAUAUAUACAGUAUAGGAGUUGAGGCUUUUUUUUUUAUGCUCAUGGAAUUUUUUUUUUUUUUUUUUUGUAAUCUUUCUUGGCUCCUUGUAAAACUACAAAUGUCCUCAUUCUGUGUACCUCCAUUGCAUUUACAAUGUAUGUAGUACUUCUUUAUUCAGUCAUUGCACAUACCCAUAUAAUUUUAGUAGUUCAAUGCUGAGAUCCCGCCUAUGUGUGAACUUGUGUUUUGUCUCAUAAUAGUUAUACUGUUAUGUUGGUGGAAGUGCUAACAUAGAGCAUGUCAACCAAAAAGAAGUUGCUCAUAUUUUCUCAGUGAAUAUUUUAAGUAUCGAAGCAAUACAGUAUUUUAAAAGUGCUCAAAAUAUUUUGUAUUAUUCUCCCUCUCCUGUGUUCUUCUUUUUUGAGUAAAUAGUUCACCUUAACUUUGUCUCUCUCUCUGUCUUCCCACCAAUCUCCCAAGUUUGUCAUCUUGCCUUGUGUUUUGUUUGUACUUGCAGUUUUUGUUAUUGUUUCUUAGUUUUACUCUGGGUUUUCCUUUGUAUGUUUUAUAUAUAUUUUUAUUGCCAAAGGCACUGAGAGAUAUCUCAGGUCAAAGUACUCUUCAAAUCUUCCACCUUGUUUUUUCCCUCUCAUCUCUUCCAUGGUCAUGUGGACUUUCUUGUGCAUUUUCAUUAGCACUCAUGCAUGUGUGUGAUCCAGGCAGUUACCAGACAGAGCUUCUCUGUCUGCCUCUUCCUUUAUUGUAAUCUCAGACUUGGUGUAUUACAGGCAUUUUGGUGGACUUGAUUUAAUCCUUUGCAUCUUGUUUUCAUUGAAGAGUGGCCAUCACCUCCUCAGCAAACAAUUCCCCCCCCCCCCUGGGUAUUUUAAUUCAGUAUUCAGUAUAAUGAACAUAAGUCCCCUGCUUCUUCUUUGGUUCACCAAAUUAUCUUCAUUAUGUAUUUUCCCCAUUUUCUGAUCAUUUACCUGUCCUGUCUUGGUCCAUUCAUGAUUGUUAGCAGUAUCAUUGUUGUGUGUUAGUGACAAGCAAGCUGCUUUUAAUCAAACUGUGACUGUUUCUAGUCAACUUCUUUCCAUCACUGUUGGUUUUGGGGAAACAAUCCUUGCAUGCCUACAUAUCAAUUGCACUUGACUCAUGGGCAUUUUAUGUAGAUAUGACCAGCACCUCUCUGAAAGACUUGUCAGGUAUAUUUGACUGUUACUGCAGAGUUCAUUUCUGUCCUUUUUCUCAGCACCCGGAUGCUUAUAUGCUGCUUUUGUCAGUCUCAUAUUCAGUGCAAAUUCUCAUUAAUUAUUUCUUGAAUGAAACUGGUUUAUUAUACCAACUUAUCCUUUUGCAGAUACCUUUUCCCUCAUGCACAUUUUUCUUGAUAUUUAGCACUGUAUGACCCAUACAGAUUUUGCACUUUCUUAUAACCACACUAAUAAUCUAGUUUUGAUACUAAACAUUAAUAUCGAGGGUAAAUUGCAAUGUGUUAAGUUUUGCUUUUGUGGCAGCCAUGUCAAAUUUAGUAAUACAUAAAUUACUUUCACGUUUGUUCAUGUUUACAAUUUUAUAGUUAUGAUGUAAAUUUGUUUUAACUUUCUGGCUGGUAAACCAAAACACUUCUAUACACUGCAAAUAUUUUUAUGAUACGUACAUCUAAGCAAAGUUAUGAUCAUAGUGUAUGAGUUUUUUUUUCAGUUAUCAAAUUCCCUGUUUUGUUAAAUUGCUUUUGUUCAUUUUAGGAAGAUAUGCAAAAUUUAAUCUUUCUUUAUUUUCUUGGUUUAUGAAGAGUAUUUUGUUUAAUCAUUUGAUGCAUGAGUAGUGUACUCAUAUAUUUUAUUAAUGUUGAAUUGUUUUUGCUAAAUUUGUCACUGUCUAGUUCUGACUCGUGUGUUUCCUGGAUAAAUUUUUUUAAACGUGAUUUGUGAUAUAUGUAUAUAAACACUUCUUCCUUUACUUACUGCACCACCAGCAUACAGCUCAUAAAUACAGAUUGAAACUGCUGUAUAUAAAGCUCUGUACUCAUGAUGCCAAUCCAGCCUCCAGAUUAAAUAAUGUGUGUGUGGGGGGGGGAGUUGAGGACUUUCUUGUAACUGCAGUAAUAAUGGCUGGUGUUGGCAGAUUACCUUCUAACCAAGAAAAUUUGCAUGUGAGAGAGUAAAGAGGAAAGCUCUAGGCAAAGAAGUAAUAAAGAAAGCUAAAGGGGAAAUAAUAAUAAUGUAUUGAAAAAUUCCUAGCAUCAGUUAUUUCUUAGUCUUUGAAGAAUAAAAUUUAAGAUUAGCUCA